AUGGUUGUUAAUAAAAAUGAUAUAGACACAGUGAAUGGAACAACUUUUUCAAAUUUUAUACCAUCAAAACUAGAAUUGUCAUUAGAUUGUAGUUUCCCCAAGUCCAAAAAUUUAGUCAAUUUUACUCUUCAUAAUUGUUAUUGUCAAAGUACAGCCACCUCAACAAGAGUUUGUUUACUUUGUUCGAUCAAAAAAUUGAAACGUUGGAGGAAAUUUAAUAAUAAUGAAAAUAUGGUUGGUUCUGAUAAAUAUUUAGAAAGUAUUAAGAAAAGAAAUAGAAUUCCUUUACCUAAUGUUAUACCAUGGGAAGCUGGAACAAAUAAAUUUUCAAGUCAAUCUGGUUCUUUACCAUUUGGUUGUUAUAGAAAUAUAGUACCAAAUAUUUAUUUACCACCACAUUUAACAUUAGAUGAUAAGAGGAAUGAUGAAUUAAUAAUACCAUAUUUAACAUGUCCACCAUUACAUCCAAAUUCAUUUCUUUCCUCACAAAAAGGAUGUCCUCCAUUUGGAAGUUUUAGAAAAGAAAUUUGUUCAGUGACAUAUUGUGAUAAUAAAAUAAAAGUUGAAGAUUUACUUUCAGAGGAUAAAAAAAAAAAUUCUUCUAUUUUACCUAAAAUUUUUAUACCACCUGAGGAGAGUAAAAAUGAUACAAUUUUUGGAAAAUUUCGUGAAUUAGAAGUUAAAUCACAUGGUAAUGGUGGUGUUAAAGAAAUGAGUAAAGAAGAUAAAUUAAAAUGUAAUAGUGUUAUUAAAAAAAUUGAUGAUCCCAGGGAUACGGUGGCAGAGAUAGAUAAAAAACAAUUUAAAUCACCAUUAUUUCAAUCUUUUUAUAAAGGUGAUAAUAAUCCUGAUGAAAAAAAAAGAAAAGCUGAUGAGUACCACAAUUGGAUGGGUGGGCAAUUGACAAUUCAUUCAACAUAUGAUACAAAUAAUAUUAAAAAAAGUAGUAAUAAAAGUUAUUAUGAUAAAUUGAUGAGUGAAAAAGAUAUGACUGGAGAUGAGUUGUACCAUAAUAAGGCAUAUAAUUUAAAAACAGAUACAGAUAUGAUUAAUAAAAAAAUUACUUCAAACUAG